CCAUUUUGAAAAUCAUUGUUACACAGUACAAUACAAAUCUACAACCGAAGUCACGAAAAAACAUGUAUCAAGAUUAGAUUGAGGUUGUUACAUACCUCUUAGCAGCCACACAUGAUACGGUAAUGGCUACUUCUCCUCUCACUCUCCAACUUCAACUCCAACGCUCUCUCUCUUUCUCUCAUUCUCUCAUACCAAACCUCUAUCAUUCCUUCCCUUCAUUCACCACCCUCAAUUUCAACCCAAGAAAACAACCCACAAUCCAAUGCUCUUCACGCAAUUCUCCCGUUGAAACCACCAACAGAAACUCCGUAAGAAACUUUUCAAAGAAAAUCCCUUCUCCUUCUUCUGUAUCUCACACUGACAAAAGCGUUUCUUUGGAAUCAAAAUCUCUCAACAGGGUCAUUGAGAAAAAGAAGAUUGAAAAUGAAAAUGUGGUGGAGAAGAAGAAGAAGAAGAUUAAGGACAGCCGUAGAGUUAAAUUGCGGCUUUCUUUGGAUUUGUGUUCUAAAAGAGGUGAUUUAAAUGGAGCUUUAUCCUUUUAUGAUUCUGCAAUAUCACAAGGUGUUAAAUUGGGACAACACCAGUAUACAGUUCUGUUGUAUCUUUGUUCUUCUGCAGCUAUUGGUGUUCUUCGGCCCGCGAAAAGCGGAAGUGGUACUAGAACUUUGAAUACACAAGUCUCGUCAGUAAAUAGAAAUGAUGAUGAUAAUAGAUUUUGUAGUGAUAGUGAUGAUGAUAAUAGAGUGUUAGAUAAUUCAGUUUCAGUUUCAUGUAGUAGUAGUGAGAAACUAGAUGAGAAUGAUGAAUUUAAGAAUUUGGCGUUGCGGAGAGGAUUCGAAGUGUAUGAGAAUAUGUGUAUGAAUAAGGUUGAAAUGAAUGAGGCAGCAUUGACAUCUGUGGCUAGAAUGGCCAUGGCAAUGUGUGAUGGUGACAUGGCUUUUGAGAUGGUUAAGCAAAUGAAGAUUUUGGGGUUAAGUCCUAGGUUAAGGUCUUAUGGUCCUGCUUUAUCGACGUAUUGUAAUAACGGUGAAAUCGAUAAAGCAUUCGAUGUUGAAAACCAUAUGUUGGAACAUGGUGUUUACCCGGAGGAGCCGGAGUUAGAGAGGCUUUUGAGAGUAAGUAUAAGAGCUGGUAAGAGUGAUAGGGUUUACUAUGUGUUGCAUAAACUAAGAAGUAGCGUUAGGAAAGUUUCGAAUACUACGGCUGAUUUGAUUGUUGAUUGGUUUAGGAGCAAAACGGCUUCGAAAGUUGGGAGAAAAAAAUGGGAUAAAAGGUUGAUAAUGGAAGCAAUGGAAAAUAAUGGUGGAGGGUGGCAUGGGAUAGGUUGGUUAGGGAAGGGGAGAUGGCAGGUUCUUCAAACAAGUGUUGGAAAUGAUGGAAUGUGUAAAUGUUGUGGAGUGCAAUUGGCUACUAUUGAUCUUGAUCCUGUUGAAACCGAGAAUUUCGCUAAGUCGGUUGCGUCCAUUGCUAUAAGUAAGGAGAAAAAUUCAAACUUUCAAACAUUUCAAAAAUGGCUUGACUACUAUGGACCUUUUGAAGCAGUGAUAGAUGCUGCAAAUGUAGGUCUUUUCGGCCAAUGGAAGUUCAUGCCAUCAAAGAUCAACGCUGUUGUAAAUGAGAUGCGCCUAAAACUCCCUUCGAAGAAAUUUCCGCUUAUUGUUUUGCAUCAUAGGCGUAUCAGAGGAGACAAAAGGGAUGCGCCAAUCAGCAAAGCAGUGGUUGAUAGGUGGAAUAACGCCGGUGCACUCUAUGCAACACCUACCGGAUCAAACGAUGAUUGGUACUGGUUAUAUGCAGCUAUAAAAUUCAAAUGCUUACUUGUUACCAAUGACGAGAUGAGAGAUCAUUUGUUUCAACUUCUCGGAAAUGACUUCUUCCCCAAGUGGAAAGAAAGGCAUCAGGUUAGCCGAACUCUGCAAAGAAAAAUUUCUUAUCGGGUCUUUGUUCAUUUUUCGUCUCCAAAUUUUAGGUACGGUUCGGAUUCUCUGAUAACGGUCCCGAGUUUUACAUGCCCCCUCCUUGUUCUGUUGUUAUUCAGGAAUCGGAGGAAGGACACUGGCAUAUUCCGAUUGAAGCCGAACUUAACGAUGAAGCAGAAAGAAGAUGGCUGUGCAUCACACGUGCUAAAUUGGACUUGGUCAGCGAAGAUUCUUCGACAACAUCCAAAGAUAAGAAACCUCUGCGAAAUGGAGAAUGGAAAAAAUCGGUUACUAGGAAUGAGUCUGCAAAUGAGUCACAAUAUCGAAAUCCUGUGAAUCAAAAAGAAGUGAAAGAAACACCUCGUGGAUUGUACAAAAAUAUCCGAUCAUAACUCGACAUUCAUCCGAACUUGAGGCAGCAUACAAAGCUCCAGUUUAGCUUGAAGACAGCACAAGAUAGAGAUUGUUUGGUAGUUCAUUUUUUUUUUUGCAACGAAAAGCAAUCUUUAUAAAAUAAGUGUUGAAAUCUGUCAUUUUUUUAGACUGUUAUAUAGUUAAGAACAUGUUCUGGUUCCUUUUGGUGUAGUUGAGAACUUAUUUCCAUUUUUGUAAUGUAGUUUUGGUACAUUUCUCAAGAACAUGAUGGUAGCUUUUAUUUUGAGAACAUGUAGUGUAAGGGUAAAGUCCAUUUGAAUCACAAAUGUUAUUGUUACCA